AUGCCUCGCGAGCAACUGCAAGUGCUCAAUGCACUUGAUACUGCCAAGACCCAGUUAUACCAUUUCACGGCAAUUGUCAUCGCCGGAAUGGGUUUCUUCACAGAUGCAUACGAUCUCUUUGCAAUUUCUCUGGUCACCAAACUGCUUGGCCGUAUCUACUACCACAGAGAGGGUGCACUGAAGCCCGGAACUCUACCCCCUGGUGUGAACUCUUCGGUCACAGCCGUUGCUCUUGUUGGAACCUUAGCCGGUCAACUCUUCUUCGGGUGGCUUGGUGAUAAAAUGGGCCGAAAAAAGGUCUACGGUAUGACUUUGGCUGUCAUGGUUAUAUGCUCCCUAGCUUCGGGGCUCUCUUUUGGGAGGGAACGGAGAUCUGUGAUGGCUGUCCUUUGUUUCUUUAGAUUCUGGCUUGGGUUUGGUAUCGGUGGUGAUUAUCCUCUCUCUGCAACGAUUAUGUCGGAAUACGCUAACAAGAAGACACGUGGUGCCUUUAUCGCUGCGGUUUUCGCCAUGCAAGGGUUUGGGAUUUUGGCUAGUGGGAUUGUUGCAUUAGUAGUGUCGGCUGCUUUUGACCAUGCAUUUAGUGCUCCUUCGUAUGCGACAAACGCUUUAUUGUCAACUCCGGUACAAGCCGACUACGUCUGGCGUAUCAUACUCAUGUUUGGUGCUAUUCCGGCAGGGUUGACUUAUUACUGGCGUAUGAAGAUGCCAGAAACUGCACGUUACACCGCUCUGGUUGCAAAAAACGCUAAACAAGCAGCAUCAGAUAUGGCUCGAGUUUUGCAAGUUGACAUUGAAGCCGAAGAACAGAAGGUAGAGACAAUUACACAGGAUAAAAGAAACUCAUUCGGAUUGUUUUCAAAAGCAUUCCUCCGUCGCCAUGGACUCCACUUGCUCGGAACCACCAGUACUUGGUUCUUACUUGACAUCGCUUUCUACUCACAAAAUCUCUUCCAAAAAGACGUCUUCACAGCCAUCGGAUGGAUCCCUCCGGCAGCAACAAUGAACGCCAUUGGAGAGGUUUUCAGGGUGGCUAGAGCUCAAACUCUUAUUGCACUUUGCAGUACUGUUCCUGGAUACUGGUUCACAGUUGCAUUUAUCGAUAUCAUCGGUCGUUUCGCAAUCCAACUCAUGGGAUUCUUCUUUAUGACGGUUUUCAUGUUCGCUCUCGCCAUUCCUUACCACCAUUGGACCUUACAUGACAACCGUAUCGGCUUCAUCAUCAUCUACUCUUUGACGUUUUUCUUUGCUAACUUUGGCCCUAAUGCUACCACUUUCGUCGUUCCUGCCGAAAUCUUUCCGGCUAGGCUCAGGUCCACUUGCCACGGUAUCUCUGCAGCCGCAGGUAAAGCAGGCGCGAUAGUUGGUGCUUAUGGAUUUCUGUACGCUUCUCAGAGCUCUGACCCUAAGAAGACCGACGCUGGUUACCCACCAGGUAUUGGAAUCAAGAACUCGCUCAUCGUUCUUGGUGUAAUCAACUUUUUAGGGAUGUUGUUCACGUUUUUAGUCCCUGAACCAAAUGGCAAAUCGCUCGAAGAACUGUCUGGUGAGAAUGAGCAAGAUGACGAAGUCGAGCAGACCACAUCUAACCGAACUGUUCCUGUCUGA